AUGGCUGGCGAACAAAAGCGAAUUGUUAUCAUCGGAGCUGGCUUUGCCGGCAUGUGGAGCGCCCUGUCCGCCAGGCGCGCCAUUGUCUAUAAUGCCACCGAGAGAGCGUCCAACAUCGACGUAGUCGUCAUCGCCCCGAGUGACGACUUGGUUGUCCGACCCCGCCUCUACGAGGAUGGACCUGAAAACAUGAAGUCUUCCCUGACGGAACUCUUCGCCGCCACAGGCGUUCGAUUCAUUAAAGGGACCGUCGACGAGAUCAACACCGAAAGCCAUGAAGUCAGCGUCCUCGACCCACAGGGUACACGGUCCAGCGUCACAUAUGACCGGCUGGUCGUCGCGGCCGGCAGCCGCCUUGUGCGCCCCAAAAUAGACGGCCUCGACGAGCACGCAUUCAGCAUUGACUCCAUAGACGAGGCAGUUAAGCUAGACAACCACCUCAAGAGCGUUGCCAAUCUGCCACCAAGUCCUGCCCGCGAUACGGCCGUCGUUUGCGGCGGCGGAUUCACCGGGAUUGAGAUUGCCGCCGAGCUUCCGGCCCGGCUACGGGCCAUCCUGGGCCCAGACACGAACGUCCGCGUCGUGGUCGUAGAUCGGAAUGAGCACAUCGGACCAGAGCUUGGCCCCGGCCCACGGCCCGCCAUCACCGAGGCCUUCAAGUCGCUCGGCGUCGAGAUGAAGUUGGGUUCAGCCGUAACGGCUGUUGACGCCGAGGGCGUCACUCUCGCCUCGGGCGAGCGCAUCGAGACGUUCACGGCGGUCUGGACGGGCGGCGUAGCCGCCAACGCCCUGACGCAGCAGAUAGCUGGGGAGAAGGACACAUUUGGGCGUCUGCACACGGACCGGACCCUCCGCGUCCCGUCCGAGCCGCACGUCUACGCCACCGGCGACACGGCCCACGCGGCCACGGACGACGACGGCAACUGCGCCAUGAUGUCGUGCCAGCACGCCAAUAUACUGGGCCGGUCUUCCGGCUACAACGCCGCCGCGGACCUCCUGGGCGUCCCACAAGUCCCGUACGAGCAGGCGGAUUACGGGACCUGCCUGGACCUGGGCCCCUGGGGCGCUGUCGUCACGAAGGGUUGGGAACGAGAGGUCCAGCUCACGGGCGCCGAGGCCAAGAAGGUGAAGAAGUGGGUCAACGGUGUUUUGAUCUACCCGCCCAAGGCGGACGCGGAGGAGGCGCUGGCGGCCGCGGACCCUGUGUAUAAGAUACCAGACUUGGCGGAUGGCCCUGCCACGGGGGCUGGUUUCUAG